CCAUUUUCAGCGGUUGAGUUUUUGCUGAGACUCGAGUGGUCGUCCGGGACAAUGAGCUACGACUACCACCAGAGCUGGAGCCGCGACGCGGGGCCGCGGGGGUCCGGCCCGGGCUCUGGCGGCGGCGGCGGCGGAGGGAGCCGGGGCCCGGGCGGCGGAGGAGGCGGAGGUGGCCGCGGGGGUCGGGGACGGCAUCCCGGACACCUGAAGGGUCGCGAGAUCGGCCUCUGGUACGCCAGGAAGCAGACGCAGAAGAACAAGGAGGCCGAGAGGCAGGAGAGAGCUGUGGUACACAUGGAUGAACGACGAGAAGAGCAAAUUGUGCAGCUGUUGAAUUCCGUCCAAGCUAAGAAUGAUAAAGAUUCAGAAGCACAGAUAUCCUGGUUUGCUCCUGAGGAUCAUGGGUAUGGUACUGAAGUGUCUUCGGAGAAAAAAAAUAACUCAGAGAAGAAAUUAGACAACCAGGAAAAGAAAUCGCUGAACCAAGAAAAAAAGACUUUUAGGAUCACAGACAAAUCAUACAUUGACCGAGAUUCUGAGUACUUACUGCAAGAAAAUGAGCCAAAUGGAGGCUUAGACCAGCAAUUAUUAGAAGAUUUACAAAAGAAAAAAUCUGACCCUCGGUAUAUAGAGAUGCAGCAUUUCAGAAAAAAACUGCCUUCAUAUGGAAUGCAAAAGGAGCUGGUAAAUUUAGUCAAUAGCCAUCAGGUAACAGUAAUAAGUGGUGAAACUGGCUGUGGCAAAACCACACAGGUUACGCAGUUCAUCUUGGAUGACUACAUUGAAAGAGGAAAAGGGUCUGCCUGCAGAAUAGUGUGUACUCAGCCGAGAAGAAUUAGUGCCAUUUCAGUUGCUGAGCGAGUAGCUGCAGAAAGGGCAGAGUCUUGCGGCAAUGGUAAUAGUACUGGAUACCAGAUUCGUCUCCAAAGUCGGUUGCCAAGGAAACAAGGUUCUAUCUUAUACUGCACAACAGGAAUCAUUCUUCAGUGGCUCCAGUCAGACUCGCGUUUGUCCAGUGUUAGCCAUAUUGUACUUGAUGAAAUUCAUGAACGGAAUCUACAGUCAGAUGUUCUAAUGACUGUCAUUAAAGAUCUUCUCAAUUUUCGAUCUGACCUGAAAGUAAUAUUGAUGAGUGCAACACUGAAUGCUGAGAAAUUUUCAGAAUAUUUUGGUAACUGUCCAAUGAUACAUAUACCUGGUUUUACUUUUCCAGUUGUGGAAUAUCUUUUGGAAGAUAUCAUUGAAAAAAUAAGAUAUGUUCCAGAACAAAAAGAACAUAGAUCCCAGUUCAAGAGGGGUUUCAUGCAGGGUCAUGUAAAUAGACAAGAAAAGGAGGAAAAAGAAGCAAUCUAUAAAGAACGCUGGCCAGCGUAUAUAAAGGAGCUGCGAACAAGAUACUCUGCAAGUACCGUAGAUGUUUUGGAAAGGAUGGAUGAUGAUAAAGUUGAUCUGAAUUUGAUUGCUGCCCUUAUUCGAUACAUUGUUUUGGAAGAAGAGGAUGGUGCAAUACUGGUCUUUCUACCAGGCUGGGACAAUAUCAGCACUUUACAUGAUCUCUUGAUGUCACAAGUGAUGUUUAAAUCAGAUAAGUUUCUUAUUAUACCUUUACAUUCAUUGAUGCCCACAGUAAACCAGACACAGGUAUUUAAAAAAACUCCCCCUGGCGUUCGGAAAAUAGUAAUUGCUACCAACAUUGCAGAGACUAGCAUCACCAUAGAUGAUGUGGUUUAUGUAAUAGAUGGAGGAAAAAUUAAAGAGACACACUUUGACACACAGAACAACAUCAGUACCAUGUCUGCUGAGUGGGUUAGUAAAGCUAAUGCCAAACAGAGGAAAGGAAGAGCAGGAAGAGUUCAGCCUGGUCAUUGUUAUCAUCUGUAUAAUGGCCUUAGAGCAAGUCUUCUAGAUGACUACCAGCUGCCAGAAAUUUUGAGAACUCCUUUGGAAGAACUUUGUUUGCAAAUAAAGAUUUUAAGGCUAGGUGGAAUUGCUUAUUUUCUGAGUAGGUUAAUGGAUCCACCAUCAAAUGAAGCAGUAUUGCUCUCUAUAAAACACCUAAUGGAACUGAGUGCUUUGGAUAAGCAAGAAGAAUUAACACCUCUUGGCGUUCAUUUAGCCCGAUUACCUGUUGAGCCACAUAUUGGAAAAAUGAUUCUUUUUGGAGCGUUAUUCUGUUGCUUAGAUCCAGUGCUCACUAUUGCUGCUAGUCUCAGCUUUAAAGAUCCCUUCGUCAUUCCACUGGGAAAAGAAAAGAUUGCCGAUGCAAGAAGAAAGGAGUUGGCAAAGGAGACUAGAAGUGAUCACCUGACAGUUGUAAAUGCAUUUGAGGGUUGGGAAGAAGCUAAGCGACGUGGUUUCAGAUACGAAAAAGACUACUGCUGGGAAUAUUUUCUGUCUUCAAACACGCUGCAGAUGCUGCACAACAUGAAGGGACAGUUUGCCGAGCAUCUUCUUGGAGCUGGAUUUGUAAGCAGUAGAAGUCCCAAAGAUCCUAAAGCUAAUAUAAAUUCAGAUAAUGAGAAGAUAAUUAAAGCUGUCAUCUGUGCCGGUUUAUAUCCCAAAGUUGCUAAAAUCCGACUAAAUUUGGGUAAAAAAAGAAAAAUGGUAAAAGUUCACACAAAGUCUGACGGUCUGGUUUCUAUUCAUCCUAAGUCUGUCAAUGUGGAGCAGACAGACUUCCACUAUAACUGGCUUAUCUAUCACCUGAAGAUGAGGACAAGCAGUAUAUACUUGUACGACUGUACAGAAGUUUCACCAUACUGCCUGCUAUUCUUUGGGGGAGAUAUUUCCAUCCAGAAAGACAAUGGUCAGGAAGUUAUUGCUGUAGAUGAAUGGAUUGUGUUUCAGUCUCCAGAAAGAAUUGCCCACCUUGUGAAGGGGCUAAGAAAGGAACUGGAUAUCCUUCUGCAAGAGAAGAUUGAACACCCUCACCCUGUAGACUGGGACGACACUAAGUCGAGAGACUGUGCAGUACUGUCAGCUAUUCUAGACUUGAUCAAAACCCAGGAAAAGGCCAUUCCAAGGAACUUGACACCACGGUCACAGGAGGGCUAUUACAGCUGACAGCUUUCUGUGAAGACCUGAAACUCACCUGAUGUCCAUGGUUCUCUCUCUCUCUCUCUCUCUCUUUUUUUUUUUUUUUUUUUUUUUUAGGUUUUGGGAAAGUUCCAAGCCUUGGGUUAUGAAUCACUUUUGCGUGUAAGAUAGAAACUUUCAGUGGGUAGUAAAGAGUUAAUGUGCAUGAUUAAACAGUGUCAUCUAGCUCCUGUAGAGACACUGGGAAAAGCUGUAUGCUCUCUGAUCAUAUACUCUAUUGUAGAUAUGUCCAUACUUGGGAGAAUUCUUCUUCCGUAUAUUAAGUGUUGUAACAAUGAGAAAUUCCUUUAUGCCAUUAUGUAAAAUUAAUUUUCUGUCCAUAGUGACUGUCUAGAGACAGUAAAAGUAGUAUGUUUGGCCAAAAAAACAGUCUGUAGUUAAGAAUUUGAAUACAACCACUUUUUAAAAAUCUACUUCUAUUACAAGUAAGUUUGAUGUAAUACAGCCCAGUAUUUAAUAAAAUGUACAAUGUGUAAAUCUCAGCUAACUUCUUGGUUCAUUUUCUAGAAGUCUAUCCAUCACUUAGCUCACUUGGUUGUUAUUUUUGUUUGUUCUUAACCACCUUACUGUGCUGUGUAGAACAUUGUAGCACCUGAGCACAUGUGGAUGUGGUGGUGGAUGUUAUGUCCCAGCUCAGCCUCUUUUCCUUAUCUGAAGGACAGGUAAAGGUUGUGAGGAUUACACAUGCUAAUAUGUGUAAAGGACCACAGACUAGUGUCUGAUGCAUAUAAGCCUCACACAGUCUUUGUUACUAUUUGUCCAUGCAAUAUUUUUAACGUUAAAUAAUCUUUUUACCAUUUAUAUUUUGUACCGAGGAUCCUGGAGAUGGUUGAGCCAAAGGCUUCACACAUGCUUGGCAAAAGGGCUGGGUAACUGAGCCACAUCUCCAGCCUAUAAAACACCAUUCUUAUGCUUCUUUACCCUCUUGGAGGAGUGUGACAAAACAUGGCUGUUUUCAGGCUUGUUAGAACUGUUGGUUUUUAUCUAUUUUGACUCCCUUCCUGGUUUCUUGUUUGAGUCCCUAGCUCUAGCUUAAUGAUGUUGGUUUUCUCAUUGUAAGAUAAUCAAGUGUGGUCUUCCCUCCUAAGUAGUGAGAUGGCCAGGGUGUAUGAUUAUGGAUUUGCUGACUGCACUGGUCCAGCUACUCCUCCUGUGUCUUGAGUGUAUGUCACCUGGCACUGUGUGCGAAGAUUUGAAUGUACUGCAUCCUGAAUUUGUUCUUUUGGAUUAUCUCACCAAAAUUAAGUCUGCCCCUGAACUCUUUAGAGUGACAGUGAUGUUACAAUACAUAUUAGUUUUGGCCCUAACGUCAAGGUGUGUUUCAAGCAAGUAUUUCUUCUCCACAGCAAAGGAAGCAUGCUUCAGAACUGUUUACAGGUAAGCAGUUCACAAAGAUUAAAUGUGGUAUUGCCCUCCCCUCCCCGCACCAUGAUACCUCUGCAGCAGCCGGUGGGGGAGGCUGGGGUUGAGUUGCUCAUCACUCUGAAGGUUCUGCUACUGCUGUGUACAGACUGUGGUUGCUAACUGGAAAGUGCAUUCCAAGCUUCAAAAUGACUUGUUCUGGAGUAGUCUUGAAAAAUAGGUCAUGAAAAAGAAAAGCCUGUGUGUGUUUCAUCACUUUGCACAACAGAGAAUAAGCUGGAACACCACUGAAACAAACUUAGGAGGAGACACGAAGAAUGUUUUAAGAGCACUGAGUUCAUGCACAUGAUACUUUCUUAAUUAACUGACCUGGGAAAAAGGCUUUGGGUAAUUUUAAGUCAGUUCAUUGCAAACUGUAUUUUGCUGCAUUUGUAAAACAAAAUCUACUUUAAAAUUCUCCUUUUAAUAUUCAUGCACCCAAGCUAAGUAAAUGAUGGCAUAUCCAUAUAUCUGUAAUAAUCUUAUUUGUUAAACAGCAUUUUUCUUCUGAUUUUUUAAAAACUAUCUUGACUGGAGAAUAUUUGAAGAUGUAUCUAGCAAAGUAAAUCAUGUUACCAUUGUUAGUUUUUGAUACGUUCCCAUACCUUCUUAAAGCUUUAAGUUAUAUAUUUGAGUAUAGCUCCAGUAUGUUGUCUCUACUGUGUAAAAACAUGCAGCUAACACACCACAGUCUUGAUGUAGAACAUUCUCAUCAACCUAAAAUUGUCUUUGUUGCUUUUGCAGGCAAAAUUGCCCUUCUCCUGUGGCGCCUGGUGAUCAGCAUUUCAUCAAUUUUGCCUUUUCUAGGAUUUCCAGAAAUGGAUUCACAAUGUCUACAUGACUUAAUAUAAAGCAUUGAGAUAACCUAUAUACUUACUGUACAUAUUAAUGAUUUUUAUUGUUUAGUAUUCUCUUUGUCAUUGUAUCCAUUUACGGCUUGAUGGACAGUUCACGUAUGUUCAGCAUUUUUGCUGUUAAUAAAUAAAGCUUCUCUAA